UUCAACCAUAUGGGCUCAAAACAUACUUUGAUAUUAACUUCAGUUAUUACUUUUUUAUUCAAAUUCUCAGUAAAAGACUCCAUUAUGCAGCUCUCCCGUAAGGAAAUCAUAUCGAUACUGCUCUGUAUAGCCGCGGUACUAAGUAUACUGAAUGCGGCGGUCUUUGCAAAUAUAAUGCCUCUGCACGUCAGUUAUGAGCAGAUGUUACAUCAGGUUGUUUGUGUGGGAACCGCCUUCUCUUGCCUCCUCCAUGCCGCCAGUAUAUAUUUAUACCAUUCAAAUUACUCCAGGACUCGUCAGCACAUGCGCUUCCUGAUUACUGUCCUCGUGAUUCUGGCGAUCGCUAACAGUGUUACUAUAAGCUUUUAUAUGGAAUAUACCAGUUACAAAAAACUAAAGAAGUCUACUAAUGUUUCGACAUUGUUUACGACCUUUGAUAUGGGCUGUAGUCCAGCCUGCCUUGCUCUCACCAUUGUAAUUAUUCUGCUGAUGGUCGCGGUUAUGGUGCUUGUAAUUAUGACGAUUAUCCGAAAGAUGCGACGUAACCGAAGAAAUGGAAAAACCUGGCUACAUAUGAAAUAGCGUAAAGGAGUUGCUUCCUCAUGGGAGUGCUCGAACUCUAUGGUUUUUAUGCCACGCCAAACAUUUCAUGUCGUUGCAAUGUGGCGCCGCAGUUGCAAUAAUAUAAAUAUUAUACUCAUACGACGACGUUUGGCAGGCAGACGGUAGACAGACUCGAAUGGCCCGCCUUCUUCUGCUUUCACAGAUUUUGUGUGCAGGUGAUAUAAAAAAUAUAUAAAAGGAGUCUCAGGUGUCUGUACCUUUUUUCAAGACGACGUGUGAAGCACUCUCUGUUGACUUGGGCGUAGAUAUAAUAUUUUAUUAAGCAAUUUUUAUAAUAUUUUGUAACUAAAUGAACAGAUUUAUCAUAUAGAGUUUCAAAAAAAUUUUCAGUAAUUCAUGAAAAUUAAUUCAAUUAAAAUAAAAACAAUAUUUGUAUGUUCCAUAGCCUGUGAAA